AUGGCCGAGGGCAAAGUGGGAGGUGCGGCCGGCCUCUUUGCCAAGCAGGUGCAGAAGAAGUUCAGCAGGGCCCAGGAGAAGGUACUGCAGAAGUUGGGGGAAACAGUGGAAAGCAAAGAUGAACGGUUUGAACAAAGUGCCAACAACUUCUACCAGCAACAGGCAGAAGGCCAGAAGUUGUACAAGGACCUGAAGAACUUCCUUGGUGCCGUCGAAGUGAUGCAUGAGAGUUCGAAGAACGUGUCGGAAACCCUGCAGGAGCUCUACAGCGGCGAGUGGGACGGGCAGGAGGAGCUGAAAGCCAUCGUAGGGAAUACUGACCUCCCCUUUGACCAGGCUGUGAGGACCAUGGAAAAUGAUGUGUCCCCGUUCAGUGAGAUUAAGGAGAGAAUCGCCAUGGGCCGGAAACUUGUGGACUAUGCCAGUGCCCGACACCACCUGGAGGCUGUGCAGAAUGCCAAGAAGAAAGAUGAGGCCAAGGCUGCCAAGGCCGAGGAAGAGUUCAAUAAAGCCCAGCUCGUACUUGAAGACCUGAACCAGGAACUGCUGGAGGAACUGCCGAUUCUUUACAACAGUCGUGUCGGCUGUUAUGUGACCAUCUUCCCAAACAUCCCCAACCUGAGGGAUGUUUUCUACAGAGAAAUGAGCAAGCUGCACCACAGUCUCUACGAGGUGAUGAGCAAACUGGAGAAGCAGCAUUCCAACAAAGUCUUUGUGGUGAAGGGCCUGUCGUCAUCUCCUCCCCGUGCGAACGUCGAAGAGCCUCUGCCAGCCCGCAAUGGCCCAGCCCCAGCCCAGGCCUCUCUGCCCAUCGAGGGUGACGAAUCCCAGGAGGACGUCUUCUCCAGCUCCCCACCUCCAUCGCCGGACAGAGCCCUGGCCCCGGCCGGGCAGCCUCCGCCAUCUCCUCCAGAAGUCGUCCUCCGAGCCCACCCGGCCAUUGAAGGGGCUGAGCAGCCAAAGAAGAGCGCCUCCCUCCGGAGGACCUCAGGGCCCGCUCUCCGCGCCGCUCUGGGAGCCGCAGCUGGUCCCGGCCUUUGGGCCUGCGGGGGAGGCUGCCCGGAGGAGGCGGCAGCCGCAGCGGCGGUGGUGCGGUCCCGGCCCCCCGACCACGGGUCCCUUCCCGCCAGGUAG